CCCACGUUUUCACGUUUCUCGCCGGAGACAACACUACUCGCUGGUUUAAAAAAAAAAAAAGUUCCGUUUUAAUAUUCAGGAUGAGGCCACUAACAGACGAAGAGACGAAAACUAUGUUUGAGAAGCUUUCGAAAUAUAUCGGUGACAACAUUAAACUACUCGUGGACCGACCUGACGGUUCUUACUGUUUCAGGCUGCACAACGACCGCGUGUACUACAUGAGUGAGAAAAUUCUGAAAUUGGCGACGCACAUUGCCCGCGACAAGCUCGUGUCGGUGGGAACGUGUUUUGGGAAGUUCACAAAGACAAUUAAAUUCCGCCUGCACAUCACAGCUCUGGAGUUCCUGGCGCCCUAUGCAAAGUUCAAAGUGUGGGUGAAAUCUGGAGCAGAGCAGUCGUUCCUCUACGGGAACCAUGUGCUGAAAGCCGGGCUCGGGAGAAUCACAGAUAACACGAUGCAGUACCAGGGAGUCGUGGUCUACUCCAUGAUGGAUGUGCCACUGGGUUUUGGCGUGGCAGCCAAGUCUACCUUGGCGUGUCGGCAAGUGGACCCCCUGUCCAUCGUUGUGUUCCACCAGGCCGACGUAGGAGAGUUCAUUAGGAAUGAGGAUACAUUAACAUGACGACGCACCAACAGCUGGAUUGUGAAAAGUCACCUGUCUCAUCAAUUCAUACCUCAGCAACAUUCACCCAGAACAGCUGUUUUCUUUUUAUCAGAAGGAUCUCUGUCUUCAUAGCAGAUGUUACAACAGUCCCAUAAUUACAAUACUGGGGACAAACAAAACUCCUUGGAGAUGCCGCUAAUCUGCUAUCUACAGGAUUCCUUAAUCACAGCCUCCAAAUCCAAAUUAAGUGGAGUUUUUUUUUCUUCUGAUUGUUGUAAAUGUCAUCUUUUAAAAUAAAUCCAUAAUAUCUUUG